AUGAUGUUUAUUUCUGCGGAAAACCGAAUAGAUUCUGGGCGAUAUACUACAAAUUCCCAGUCUAUACAGUUUGGACCGUGGCACAUUUCUUACGAUAUUAGUUGUAUUUUACCAAGUAUGUGUUCUACGAAGGUUGUAUGUGAACGAGACGAUGACCAGUUUUGUCAAUUUUGUAUUUACUGCAAAGAAUUAAAUAUUCCACACUUUCCAGACAUGGUAUUCCCAAAAAACAUUCUAAGGUUAUCACAUGAGAGUGGUGCUAAAAUAACUUUUAACCCACUGGAUGCUUUAAAACGCGUAUCAAGUAGUGUUGAAGCAAUUGAAGUUGCUUGUGCAGAAGCUUGGCAAGAGUCACGACCUAAUGCUGGAAAGAAGAAACAAUGCUUUGACUGGACUUUCUCAACAGACUAUAAAGGAACAUUAAGUGAUAAUGUUUUGGUAGAGCCAACAGAUGAAUUAAUUGACUUUGAGCUGUUAAAGCAAAAGGAUCAGAUUCUUUUUUAUCAUGAUUUAACAUUGUUUGAAGAUGAGUUGCAUGACCAUGGAAUCUCUAAGCUGUCUGUUAAAAUUAGAGUCAUGCCGUCAUAUUGGUACGUGUUGUUAAGAUAUUUCUUACGAGUUGACGAUGUUUUAGUACGUUCACAUGAGACCAGAAUGUUCCAUAAGUUAAAUACAAAUUAUAUUCUAAGAGAAUUCACAGCCAAAGAAUCUACAGCAAAGGAUUUAAAUAUGCCUACGAGUCAAAUAAAGGAAGCCGACGAUGUCAUACCAUUUUUGCCGUUAAAACAUAAAGUUACCGAAAAGUUGAUAGUGAACAUUACAAACUCCUAA